AUGACUCACGACGGUGACGAAAAUAAAAUGUAUGAUAAUGAAAAAUUUAAUUCCGAUGAUGGAUAUUAUCGCAAAAGAGAUUCCAGUAGAAUAAAUGACCGUAGAAGGCCAAGCCGUAGAAGAUAUAGUAGCCGCCAUAUGUAUCAUUCCUCUAAUUAUAGACAUAAACGACAUAAACACUCCAGACAUAAAAGUUAUUCCAGUACCCCUUCCUAUAGUAGAAGUUUAACUCAUAAUACACCUGAACACAGUAAUUCUAUUGGCAGAACCCGUAGUAAAAGUAGCAAAACUGACCGAGAAAGUUAUAGCGGAAGCGAUAGCGAUCGAAACCAUAGAAGAUAUUCGAGAAGUUCAAGCGUAAAUCGCCGUCGCUAUAGAAACCAUAAUAAAUAUAGGCAUCGAGAUCGAUAUAGAGAUCGAGAUAGAAGAUAUAGCAGAAGAUCACAUAGACCCAGUAGAAGAAGAAAAUAUAGACGCAGUUACACCCUCUCAUAUAGGACUAAAUACUCCCAUCGAGAUAAAUAUAUCAAUAGGCAUAGAUAUAGUAAUAGAGAUAAGUAUACUGAUAGAGCCAAGUCACCCAAAGAUGAAAUAAUCCAUUUCAAGUGGGACAAGGGUAUGAAUUUAUCAGAGUACGUAGUCUUGAAUAAAGUGAGCGAUGGAACAUUUGGCAGAGUUUUAUUAUGUGAAAAGGCAGGUAAACAGUUUGCAGUCAAGGUCGUGAGAGAUGUUGAUAAAUACACCCAAUCAGCAAAGAUCGAAGCAGAUAUACUUCUGGAUAUAAAGAACUCGGAUGUAAAUUCCGAAAGUCAUUGCGUUAUAUUACAUGACAACUUUAUGUAUAGGAAUAGAAAUAUGUGCUUAGUUUUUGAGAAACUUGGACCUUCACUAUACGAAUUUUUGGAAAAAAACGAUUUUAAAGGGUUUUUUAUCUCAGACAUACAAAAUAUGGCAUAUCAACUACUGAAAGGACUGUCAUUUCUUAAGAAAAAACGUCUCGUUCACACGGAUAUUAAGCCUGAAAACAUACUACUAGUAUGUGGAAAAGACGACUUCAUAGAAGUCCCGUUCCCAAGAUCGCAUACUGGAAUGAUGACUAAAAGACCGGCAAUGUCAGAUAUUAAACUCAUUGACUUUGGAAGCGCUAUCUACGAGGAUGAAUAUCACAGCUCAAUUAUUAACACUAGACAAUACAGAGCCCCGGAAGUUAUUCUAGGUAAUAAUUUAUAUCUUAGUUUUAUGUUGAAUGAAAUUAGAGUGACGAUUUGUGUAGAUAUCGGAUGGAGCUACUCGAGUGAUUUGUGGUCACUAGGAUGUACAUUAAUGGAGUUGUACACAGGACAUUUGCUCUUUAGAACACAUAGCCAUAUGGAACACCUAGCAAUGAUGGAAAAAACUAUCGGUAAAUUCCCACAAGAAGUUAUAAGUUCCGCAAAAAAUACUCAAGGAAAAAACUAUAUUAAUCGCGAUGAACCCAGACUAGACUGGCCGGAAGGAUCAAAAUCAAAGUCAUCAGUCCAUAGAGUUGAGGAGUGCAAAACCAUAAUGGAAUUGGUGAAGCCUGAACACAGACUCUUUGGAGAAUUUAUCAGAUAUAUACUGAACUUGGACUCGAAUAAAAGACCAACACCGGAAGAGGCAAUGCAGCAUGAAUUCUUUACCCUUAAAUUACCAGAAAAUUAA